UUUUCAUUUCUGAUAUUGUUAAUUUGGAUACUGUCUCUGUGUCCUCUGGUUAGUCUGGCUAAGGGUUUAUCUAUCUUGCUGUUUUUCUCAAAGAACCAGCUGAUUUUGUUGAUUCUUUGUAUAGUUCCUUUAGUUUCUACUUGGUUGAUUUUAGCCCCAAGUUUGAUUAUUUCCUGCUGUCUACUCCUUGGGUGCAUUUGCUUCAUUUUUUUCUAGAGCUUUCAUGUGUGCUGUCAAGCUGCUAGUGUAUGCUCUUUCCGGUUUCUUUUUGGAGGGACUCCGAACUGUGAAUUUUCCUCUCAGCACCGCUUCCUUGUGUCCCAUAAGUUUGGGUAUGUUGUGCCUUCAUUUUCAUUAAAUUUUAAAAGUCUUUAAUUUCCUUCUUUCUUUCUUCCUUGACCAAGUUAUCAUUGAAUAGAGUAUUGUUCAGCUUCCAUGUGUAUGUGGGCUCUCUGUUCUUAUUGUUACUGAAGACCAGCCUUAAUCUGUGGUAAUCUGAUAGGAUGCAUGGGAUUAUUUCUAUCUUCUUGUAUGUGCUGAGGCCUGUUUUCUGACCAAUUAUAUGGUCAGUUUUGGAGAAGGUACCAUGAAGUACUGAGAAGAAGGUAUAUUCUUUUGUUUUAGGAUGUAAUAGUCUAUAGAUAUCUGUUAAGUCCAUUUGGUUCAUAACUUCUGUUAAUUUCACUGUGUCUAUGUUUAGGUUAUGUUUCUAUGACCUGUCCAUUGAUGAGAGUGGGGUGUUGAAGUCUCCCCCUAUUAUUAUGUUUGGUGCAAUGUUACUUUGAGCUUAAGUAAAGUUUCUUUUAUGAAUGCAGGUGCCCUUGCAUUUGCUGCAUAGAUAUUCAAUAUUGAGAGUUCAUCUUGGUUGAUUUUUCCUUUGUUUAGUAUGAAGUAUCCUGCCUUCUCUUUUUUGAUAACUUUUGGUUGAAAGUCAAUUUUAUCUGCUAUUACAAUGGCUACUCCUGCUUCUUUCUUGAAAAUAUUUGAUUGGAAAUUACUUUUCCCAGCCUUUCACUCUAAAGAAGUGUUUCUCUUUAUCACUGAGGUGUGUUUCCUAUAUGCAGCAAAAUGCUGGGUCCUGUUUAUAUAUCCAGUCUGUUAGUCUAUAUCUUUUUAUUGGGGAAUUGAGUCCAUUGAUGAUGAUAGAUCUUAGGGACCAAUGAUUAUUUCCUAUUAUUUUUGUUAUUAGAGUUAUAAUUAUAUUUGUGAAGCUAUCUUCUUUUGGAUUAAUUGAAAGAAGAUUACAUUCUUGCUUUUUCUAGGUUGUAGUUUCUCUCGUUGUGUUGGAGUUUUCCAUCUAUUAUCCUUUGUGGGGCUGGAUUUGUAGAAAUAAAUAUAUUGUGUAAAUUUGGUUUUGUCAUGGAAUAUCUUGGUUUCUCCAUCUAUAGUAAUUGAGACAUUUGCUGGAUAUAGUAGCCUGGACUGACAUUUGUAUUCUCUUAGGGUCUAUAUGACAUCUACCCAGAAUCUUCUAGCUUUCAUAGUCUUUGUUGGGAAGUCUGAUGUAAUUUUGAUAGGUUUGCCUUUUUAUGUUACUUGACAUUUUCCCCUUACUGCUUUUAAUAUUCUUUCUUUGAUUUGUGCAUUUGGUAUUUUGACUAUUAUGUGAUGGGAAGAAUUUCUUUUCUGGUCCAAUCUAUUUGGAGUUCUGCAGGCUUCUUGUAUGUUCAUGGAUUUGUCUUUCUUUAGGUUAGGGAAGUUUUCUUCUAUAAUUUUGUUGAAGAUAUUUAUUGGCCCUUUAAGUUGGGAAUCUUCACCCUCUUCUGUAUCCUUAGGUUUGAUCUUCUCAUUGUGUCCUGUAUUUCCUGGAUAUUUUGGGUUAGGAUCUUUUUGUAUUUGCAGUUUCUUUGACAGUUGUGUUGGUUGUGUCAAUGUUUACUAUGGUAUCUUCUACCCUUGAGAUUCUCUCUUCUAUCUCUUGUAUUCUAUUGGUGAUGCUUGCAUCUAUGACUCCUGAUCUCUUUCCUAGGUUUUCUAUCCCCAGGGUUGUCUCCUGUUGUGAUUUCUUUAUUGUUUCUAUUUUCAUUUUUAGAUCUUGAAUGGUUUUGUUCAAUUCCUUAACCUGUUUGGUUGUGUUUUCCUGUAAUUCUUUAAGGGGUUUUUCUGUUUCCUCUUUAAGUGCUUCUACCAGGUUACCUGUGUUUUCCUGUAUUUCUUUAAGGGACUUGCUCAUGUUCUUCCUAAACUCCUCUAUCAUCAUCAUGAGAUGUGAUUUUCAAUCCAAAUCUUGCCUUUCCGGUGUGUUGGUGUAUCUAGGACUUGCUGUGGUGGGAGGACUGGGUUCCAAUGAUACCAAGUGGCCUUUCUGUUGCUUAGGUUCUUGCACUUGCCUCUUGCCAUCUGGUUAUCUCUGGUGUUAGCUGACAGUUGCUGUUUCUGACAGUGGCUUGACCCUCCUGUAAACCUGUGUGUCAGCACUCCUGGGAGACCAGCUCUCUCUUAGAGGGAUCUGGUUACAGAGAGCUGUGGCACAGGAUCAACUCUGGGUGCAGACAGAAAUUGGGAACUGCUUUGGACUUUUAAAAGACUAAUACAUAACAUGUAAACUAGCUCUCUCUCUCUCUCUCUCUCUCUCUCUCUCUCUCUCUCUCUCUGUUGAGUAUCCAAACAAUCUGGAAUUGUGCUUCUGAGUCUGGAUAACUGAAAUGCUUCUGCUGACACCUUUGCUUCCGUAUGCUCUUUAUGCACAACUUGCUUGAGUUAGCUGUUAACCCAGUCUCAUCUUCAAUCUGAGGUUCCAUCUGGCUCCUUCCUAUAUUCUGUUCUCUCAGGCAGCAGGGAACAGAGCAGUGCUUCUCAACGUGAAGGGAAGUAGCCUAGAGGUAUUGCUCCAAGAGAACAGUUGACAAAGUAUGGAGAUAUUUUUGGUUCUCAUAGCUGAGUGUUAAGGGAGACUACAGUAUAAUAGUGGAGGUUGCUUAGUAAAUAUCCUUCAAUAAGUGGCAUAGACUCCUAGAACAAAGAUGACCAAACCCAGAAUGUCAAUAGUACAGGGGUAUUGUGGACAAGAGUAAGCUGUGGCCCUCCUCUGGUACUUUUCAGCUCCUGCCAUCCAGGCUCUGGCGUGGUAUCACCCAAACAGGGACCUAAGAAUUGGGGAUCAACUGGAGGACACCUUGGAGAAGUGAGCUUAGAAAAGUGAAUCUAAGGAGCAACAUCCAUGGCAGAGAAGCCUUUAUUUCAUUAUGAUGAGGCCCGGGGUAGAAUGGAGUCUGUGCGGUGGCUAUUGGCUGCAGCUGGAGUAGAGUAUGAAGAGAAGUUUAUACACACUAAUGAAGACUUGGAGAAGUUAAGAAGUGAUGGAGUUCUGAUGUUCCAGCAAGUGCCCAUGGUGGAGGUUGAUGGGAUGAAGCUGGUGCAGACCAGAGCCAUUAUGAACUAUUUUUCCAGCAAAUACAAUCUCUAUGGGAAGGACAUGAAGGAGAGAGCCCUCAUCGAUAUGUAUUCGGAAGGGUUGGCAGAUUUGAAUGAGAUGUUUAUUCUCUACCCAUUUGACCCACCUGGAGUCAAAGAAGCAAAUAUCGCCCUGAUGAAAGAGAAAGCAACAAACCGUUACUUUCCUGCCUUUGAAAAGGUGUUUGAGAGUCAUGGACAGGACUACCUCGUUGGGAACAAGCUAAGCAAGGCUGAUGUUCACCUGGUUGAAAUGAUCUACAAUAUGGAAGAACUAGAUACCAACAUUUUAGCCAACUUUCCUCUACUGCAGGCUCUGAAAACCCGAAUCAGCGACAUGCCCACCAUAAAGAAGUUUCUGCAGCCUGGCAGCCAAAGGCAGCCUCCUGUUGAUGAGAAAAGUAUACAAAAGACAAGGAAGAUUUUCAAGUUUUAAUGAUGUGACAUGGACCAAGUAUUACACCUACCCGCUGACCCUGAGCAUUGUGAGACAAGAAUGAGCUUUCUCACUUGAGCGUAUUAAUGAAAUAAGGGGCUUCUAUGAUAUGGUCUAAUGAAAACUAUGUUAUCAUGGAUAUGCUGUGGAGUUGGUUUUCUAAUUGCCUGAUGUAAUGCUUUCCUGUAAUAAAAAAUUUAGUAAAAAAUGUGGAAUAUAUGUUUUUAUAGUCCUAUAACAUCUGUUAUCUCUACUAUUGAAAAAGCAAGUUUAGAAUUUCGCUUAAUGUUCUUAAGCAUACAGAAUUAUGGCUGUACUUAUGUACUAGUGCCCCAAAUAACAAUUUUUCUUCUUAUAAA